CUCGGAUGGCGUUAGACUCACUAAGCCGGCUCCCAUGAUGUUGGACAGGCCUUAUCAUAAGCCUGUCAUUGGGUCUCGACACAUCUUAUGCUGUUCUGCUCAACGCAACAUAGACGCACAACAUACCAGAACAGAGAAGCCUGUCAGUCCAUCCACUCGCGGCGGUGCACUGCCAUACCGAUAUGCAUAUAGAGCCUAGCUAUACUCCACGCCUAUGCAUACCACGUCCCGCCUUCCACUGGUACCGCCACACAAUGGGGGCGCUCCCUAUAGCAGAAGCGCAGCUGGUUGCGCUCUUCAUGCAGAGUGUGACCUACGGCGUCCACAUGGUGACGUUCGCUAUCUGCAUAUAUACUUGGUUCAGUCGCUCGAGCAGCUCCUGGACAUCGGCGUCGAGGAUUUGGUUGUCUGUCGCCAUCGCCUUCUUCGUCAUCGGCACUUGCGAUGUCUCCUUCAAUUUGUAUCAUAAUCUCAUGGCGUUCGUCCUCCCUACGGCGUCCUCCGGCGCAAACACUGUUUUUGAUCAAGCGAGCAAUUGGGUCAACGUGAUUCGCAGCGUUUGGUUCUAUAUCGGUGCUUCCCUCUCCGACGCAGCCUUGAUUUACCGGUGCUGGAUGGUGUAUGCCAGUUCACGCCAUCGGGCGAUAGUCGGAAUAGUACCUCUGGUACUCUGGCUCGCAUGCAUAGCCUUCGCGGUAAUGAUUUUAUACAUCUUGGGCACUUUGGAUGCGGAUACCACUAUACCCGAGAUACCACAAUUGCAGCCAUACCUAUACUCGUUCUAUUUGACGACAGUUGUCCUGAAUCUCCUCACAACCGGUCUAAUCAUCUUUAGACUGUGGAGGGCUCAUAAGCGCACUUCAUCGUUCUUCACGCGGAGCUGGCGCGUUCGGAGUCGACUCAGCUUAGCGAAUGUCAUCUUGAUUAUGGUCGAAUCCGCGCUUCUGUACACCACAACCGUCGUGAUCAGCGUCGUCUUGGACCUUGCAAGAUCGAAUAUGUACUACGGUGUCGCUGACAUUGGCCUCGAAGUCGCCGGCAUUUCUUUCGAUAUGAUCAUCAUCCGUAUCUGGACCGGGGUAUCGACGGAGCAGACGCAGGCGUUCGCAGCAACUCUGCCAAACUUAUCGAAGUCGAAAACGGAACCAGGGGACCAGGUCGUCUCUGUUCACUACGGCUCAGAAGAUCUGAACGCGGCCGAGCUUGUGGUUUCCCGUGUCGAAGUGAUCGAGUGGCAGGGAGCUGAUGAGAACCCUGUCUGA